AUGACUUCAGGACCGAUUGUCCGGAUUGCCCCCGACACAUAUAGCAUUGAUGACCCUGAUUCGGUACGAAUACUUUAUGGCCACGGCAACGGGUUCAUAAAGUCAAAAUGGUAUACGGCCUCCGGAAAUCCGUAUAUUCCGGAUCUAUUCACUACAAGGGACCCUACACUUCAUAGAAACAUUAGAAAGAAAGUUGCCAGUCUUUACGCAACUAGCCAUCUCUUACGCAUGGAACCAAUAAUUGAUGAUUGUAUCGAUCUUCUGGUUUCCCGUUUUGCAGAGGUGGCCGAUAAAAGGACACAAAUAAACCUGCAACAUUGGAUGCAGUGUUAUGCAUUUGAUGUUAUUGGGUAUAUUGCUGUAGGAAAAAGGUUUGGCUUCCUCGAUAAAGGAGAAGACACGUUAGGGAUUUUCCCAUCACUGCAUGGCUACUUGAAAUAUUGCGCAACCAUGGGAGUUUAUUCGGAAUUCCACUCUCUCAUUUACAAUAUCAUCAACACUGUAUCCUCUGGUGGCAUAGGUGAGAUUGUACAAUUCUCGAAAAGGGAAAUAGACAAACGUCUACUCAUCGAGGCCCAGGGCAAGAGUGAGAUAGAUAGGGACAUGCUCUCUGAGGUUCUCCAGUUACAUGAAGCUAACCCACAACGGGUUACGAUGAUUGAUAUAAUGUCAAUAUGCGUGACAAAUAUCGGCGCUGGUUCGGAUACAACAUCUAUUUCUUUGACAUCAGUUCUCUAUCAUCUAAUACGGAAUCCCCUCUGCCUUGAAAAGUUAAGAGCCGAAAUUGACCAGCACUUCUCAACCAACGUUUCUGGUCAUAUUAAAUUCGCCGAUGCACAAAAACUGCCAUAUCUCCAGGCUUGUAUCAAAGAAUCACUUCGUGUACACCCUGCAACGGGACUACCACUUGGCCGGGUGGUGCCCAAGGGUGGCGUAACUGUUGCAGACACAUUCUUUCCUGAGGGCACGACUCUCGGUGUGAAUACAUGGGUUGCCCAUGCCAAUGCCAGUGUUUUUGGGCCAGAUGCUCUUUCUUUCCGCCCCGAGAGAUGGCUCGACUCUAGUAAAGAAGAGCUCAAAGCAAUGGAUAACUACUUCCUAGCGUUUGGACAGGGGUCUCGUACCUGUAUUGGGAAAAACAUCAGCCUCGUGGAGAUGACAAAGUUGAUCCCAAUACUAGUUCGAAAUUUCGACUUCCGUUUGACAGGGCCGGAUAUUCUUAAAAACGGUCUUCAGUGCGAAAAUGUGUGGUUUGUGAAGCAGAACAAUAUCAUUUGUGAUAUCCAACAUCGGUCCACUUUAAAACAUUCGAAGGGAGAAUAA